CGUUGAUAUUUUGCCCCACUACAACGACAAGUCUCUGGCCAGCAAUCGCCGAAAAGCCAGCAGCCAUCCAGCCAGCCAGCCAGCCAGGCAACAAUCGCAACCAGCCCGCAAAACACGCCGCGCCGUCAUUCGCCGUCCCCGUCCGUUCUUUGCCCUCACGUCGCGCCGAGCGAACGGACACCUGUGCGCAUUCAUUUCAUUCACGACUUUGGCGUGGACCUGCCCGCCGCGCCGCGCACCACUCUCUCUCUGCCGCUGCUGCCCGUGUGACACGACCCGCGGCGCUCCCGGCCUAGUGACGCGACGGCGGCGCUACUUCUAGGGGUACCGUUUCGCGCGCCGCGUGUGUUGGUUGGGCUGGCGGCGCAUCAACUGGCGCGCAUCUCGCCUUAGGACUUAGCCUGGCGUCGGUCGGUCGGUAGGCUCGCAAGUGGUAUACCACGAUCCAACGGCCCGACAUCGAGCACGGGGAGGACAAGGACGGCCUCAAAGCAAGACACAACUCUCUGGUGCGACGACACACACACACACUCGACGCCAUCACAGCCCAUCCCCUCCUCCCACAUCCCCACAAUCCGUGUCAUCAAUCAUCGUCUUCCAUCAUUGUUGGCACACAAGCCCCCUCACACGCCCGUGCGUGCUGCUGCUAGGCCUAUCUUCCCGGCCGACGCGCACAAACCCCUCUCUCCACCUUCUUGGAACAAGAGACAACAACAACAACACACUCGAGUCACUCAACCACCACAAUAAUCGCCCACGAGCACAUGUUCUCGAGCUCGUCGGGUGGUACAGUCUUAACCGCCUCGCCACCACAGCUAUAUCUGAGCACAAUGCCCGAAUACUCUACACAACCAACGGGCACUGACGCUACUGCUGCUGCUGCUGCUGCUGCUGGCGCUCAUGCCCCCGGCGACCCAAAACGACGCUCAACCGGUGCGUCAGACGCUCUCCAGUACUACUGGUCGUCAUCAGCAGGCGAGCGCGCCAGCAGCACCGGCUCGUCGUUUGGAAUGUCGCCCAUCGACUCGUCCCCGCGCCCCAACAUUCUCUCGUCGCCGUACACGCUAUCGCCGCACCCAAUACUGCACGAGGAGAGGUCGCACAGAAGUUUACGCGAGCUCGUGCAAGAAGAGGAAGAAGAAGACCGCCGAAGGAUAAUUGGGAGCAGCGAUGGCAACUCUACGAUCAGAGCCAAGUCGUCCACAACAAACCCAAAUGUCGCUGGCACGACAUGGGACCCAAGGUUCGCAGACGCUACCGAGGGAGACCGCCCAGACCGACGAGAGCGCACCCACGGGAUGGAGAGGACACGCCUACUCAUCCCAGAGGGCGAAAACGGCUCGUCCGAUGCUGGUCCAGGAAGCAAUCGGCAUAUCCACCUCAUCUCGUACUCGAGCGACGGAAGCAUGAGCGCGCUCGCUUCCGGCCCAUCUGUCCCCAGCUCGCUCAACAAGCUCUCGCCGGGCACGCCAGGGAGCCCGUCAAACUCGAGCGAGAGCGAGUACUCGUUCUUGGACGAAGACCCGGUUGCGCCACCAAGACGCGAAGAGCAAAGAGCAAGCACGAUUGCCCGCAACCAACAGCACCGGCACGGUGUUGUGGACGCGGACGGCGAGCUCCACGUCUUGUUAGAUCCAACGUUUGAGGAAUGGGCGCACCAGCGUAUCUGGGGCCACGGGGAUCCCGACAGCUCUGCGCCAAACUCGACCGACGUGCACAGCUCGGACCACAGCUCGCGCUACAACUCGGUGCCCAACUCGCAGCCCAGCUCGCAGCCACCUUCGAACCCCGUCAGCCCGCCAUUGCAUCCCCCUCAGUCCAACAAUGAGCCAUGGCGAACCCCAACCCAGCCGCCGUCGCUCGACCAUACGGCCAUCUCGCCGAUCGACUGGCCAACGCGUACCCCUUCUCCGGGUCUGACGCUAAAUAACCGGGCGUCGUCGUCGACCACCACCGCCCCAGACCGCACGCCACGGAACAGUCAAGCACAGACUCCGCGGGCGUCGUUCAGGCCCUCACCACCCGCAGGAGAUAGCCCAAACGCCCGCCUCCUGUUUGUGGCGUCGUCUGAUUUGCCACGCCGAUCACUCGACACGCUGCAGCAGCACGAGAACCCGGGCCUUGGUCUCGGCGGACCUGGCGUCGGUCAGCGCAGUGGACAGUCUGGCUCGCCCGUACCACCCGGGACGCCGGGCCGCUUGGAGGAUCUCGACCAUCCGAGAAGCGCGCCACCGACGAAGACGUCGUUUACUGACAUUGGUGUUGUUGGGUCUGAUACGCGCGCGGCCCGUGCGACCUCGUUACAGGCACCUGCCCCCAUCACGGCCCAAACAACAAAGUCUCAAAAGCUCUUGUCACCAGAAGAGGCUACACCACUAGCUACGGCGCGCCGCAGCCCUGAGCCACCACCCCGCAGCGAGCGGCGGAAGCAGACACCCAACAGCGACACGGCGAUCCCUUUGGUCAGCGAACCCGAGGAGAUGUCGCCCAUCUCUCCUGUUGCCGGUCUCGGCACGCCGCUGCCUACCAUCAUCAACACGGCGAGCACCCCCGUCGCGUCCCCGCAGGCACCAGGCCGAACUGCCGCUGGUGCACGGUCACACGCUGCCUCGUCACCUGUCCCGGCACCGAUGCAGCGAUACGGCUCCGACUCGCCCAAGCCCAAGCCCAAGACAGCCCCCGGUACCAUCCAGGAUCUGACCGACAUGCUUGGCGGUGCCAUUGACGACAUUGGGUUGGUCGAUUCGCGCAACACGCCGCCUCCUGGUAUCCCGCUGAAGGAGACCGGCAUGCUCGCCUCUCUCCCGGCUCGCUCCACGUCGUCCACUCAAAGCAGAUCAGCUUCGCAUGGCAGCGCUACGACAGUCACCUCCAAGUCGAUCGAGGAUCACGCGUCGGCCGUGUCGCCUACCAUGUCGACGUUCUCGGCAGCCUCGACCUCGUUCUCGGCAUCGCCCUCUGCACCCUCUCGCCCCUCGCCCCUUGCUCCAGCAGCCGGGUCAUCAUCCAGCAAUGUCGGCCUGGGGCUGACAGGCGGUGUGGGCGGCGGUCCUCAACGGCCCGGGGCGUCGAGACAUGUGCGCAAGGCGUCGUCCAUCUUAUCUUUACGGUCGUCCAACCAUUCGUUCUCUCCGACGGUGCCUACCUUCACGGCCUCAACACAGCAGCUCCCAUCAGCCGUCUUGUUUGGUAACAUCAAGGCGCUAAGGACGGCGGGCGAACGCGCCCGCGCGUACGCAAGCAGUCUGGAGGCCCUAGCAGAGGCAGACUCAGGGCUGCGAGCAUGGUACACGGUAGCUCUGAGCGGCGCACGGCCGCAGCGUCCGGUCGUACUCGGCGGAGGGGGCAAGGCUUCGACAAUGUCUCACCUCGGGUUCUCCGACGUUCCGGGUUCGAUGUUCAACCUCAACCUGUACGAGCCGUCGCAACGCAACGUUUCCGCCGGAUCAGAGUUUCCUAUGCGACCGGACGCGUACUCUGCACGUGAGAUCUCGGUGCGCAACCUUGACCCAUCGGACGGGCCGACAGCGCUUCCGCCAAACUUGCCAUACCCACAGCUGCAGUCUCAGCUCGCCGGGAGCAACGUCCGGCCAUCGACUUCGCUGCAGAGCAUCGCGAGCGUGUCGACGAACACGACCAAGCGCGGCGGGGGCGGCUUCUUCUCUGGCAUUGGGCGUGCGCUCAAGAAGGACAAGGACCCGGGCCUAGGCCCGCCCACGGGGCAACUGGGAGGAGGCCUGACGACGCUCAACCCAGGUGCAUCGUCAUCGAAGCGCGACCUGAAGAGCGGUAUCAACAAGGGCUACACUCCGCCGCCCGGAGGGCGCGCUUCACUCGACUCUCUUGGCGAUAGCUCGCUAGUCGCACCUGUUCCACGUGCUCUUGGCCCGCGAGGACCACGGGAAGGCAUCCCUACGAGUCGUGUGAGCAUGGACGUCCCGCGUCCUAUGGGAACUCAGGCAAUGCCACGAGGCAGCCUCGAUGGCGGAGGCCCGCGCACGGCCGCACGCAUGGGUGGUGGUGGCGGCGGCGGCUUUGGCGGGCUGGGCUUUGGGACAGGAGUGCAGGGAGGGUCUCGAACGCUGUCGCCCCUCGCACGUGGUGACUCGGCGUCGGUGUCGGACGCCGAUGUGCAGCAGCUGUGUGACUAUAUCCCGCAUGCGGACCGGGGUGUCGCGCGGGUGUACAUUCAGCGGUACAAGGGAUUGGCUGAGGCUGUCACGGCGUAUAUCGAGGACGACAAGAACGGUGUGCUGAUGAGGGCGGGGGCGUAGUGUCUGGGGCGUAUGUCGUAUCGUUGAGGGGAGAUCGGAUAGCAGCAGCAGUACAUAUAAGCAGCCAACGAGCG